AUGAGAUCUUCAUCAAGGUCGUUGAUGAUUAAUGGCAUACUCGUGGCCUGUCUCACCGGAUACGGGUACGUUGAACGACUGACUGCUCGCGAUGUGUUUGAGCAAUGCUGCCUGCAGAGAAAGUACUUAUGUCACGAUCAUUUUGUCCAGGCAGCCCACUUCAUCUGUGAAGAGAUGGCUGUGGUUGGUAAGCACUAUACAUGUUUUCACGACAACACUAGUGGGGCUUAUGUUACUCUCGGAGACAUACCACCUCAUGUCGUCACCUUCAUAAAUGGCGUGCUGCAAGAUAUGAAGCGUGAACUUGUUAUAACUGCAAAGUAUGUUUGGAUUUUCAUGAACGAUGCUUUACGACGUUACUAUGCGACACCUUUGUGGGUGUCAUCUCGUGAAGCGCAGACACCGUAUGAGCGAAUUUCGGCUUACAACGAAACGAAAGGAAAGGAAUUACUCUCUACACCACUGCAACAGAGCAAUGCAAUAGGGGUGAAACAUGAAGUGAUCGCGGAAGACGAGGUCACGGCAUCGACAUCCUCGCCUUAUAUUAAGCACACUCCUGCGAAACUGUUUGGUGAAGAUUCGGAUCUACCCUAUGCCUCUAUUUCUUCCCGAGCUCUCCAUAUGAUGCCACUAGGGCAAACAGAUCCUGUUUCUCUGCAUCAGUACUAUUUCGUGCAAGGAGACUUGCUAAUGAAUCUGUUCCGGUUCUGUCCUGAAUGCGGAAAUCGUGUGGCAUACAGCCAAUUAACAAAGGUUGGGACAGCAGCAGUUGUCAAAUAUCUGUGUACCGUUUGUCUGGAACCUAAGCAAUGGGAAAGUCAGCAGUGCACAAUUGACCAUACCAGUGAGCGCACAUUUCGAGGAAACGUUGCUGCCUCAGCUGCGGCAAUAUCUGCGGGUUUUGGGUAUGAGGACAUCCGUCGGUGGACAUCUCACUUUAAUCUUUCGUUAUUCACAAAAUCUCUGUUCUGGGAAGUAUUUGAAUGGACGAGGCCUAGAUGA